AUGGCAGAAUCCUGUAAUUUGAAGCACCUCGCUGCCCCCUCAUCGUCAUUCCACACUCAACCACGCGGAGCAUCCGACGUCUCCCCCUCUCCCCUCUCCAGCAGUUUCCUCCCAAACCACCCUCUGCUUUUCCCGCACUUGCUCUUGGUCCAUGGACUCAGCCUCACUGACAUCCUGACCGGAAGAACCGCACCUACGCACCGCCGCCCACUGCAACAAGUCCACAUGCUCCCAACUCCCCCACGAAGCUUCCUCCUCCUCCCACCUCCCCUCUGUUGCGUCAAGCAUAAAGGACAUCGCCGUAAUGUCGAGGUCAAAGCAAGCUUUUUUAUUUGCACCGACGACACCACCAACACACCAGUUCGUUCAAGGCACCACCUGCUCCCAGAAAUCUCGGCACCGCAACCAACCCACGCAGGCGGAGACGGCAUGCGCGCGCUGAUGCAGGAGCAGAGGAACAGGAACGGGCGGUCGCGGCUCUCCGGCGUCCGGGUGGGGCGUUCGCCGGCGGCGGCAUCUCCGUCCCGCCGCCGCCGCCGCCGCAAGAGCGGGAGCGGCUUGGCGGCGGCGGCGCCGCAGCUGGGUCCGUCGCGGUCGCGGACGCGAACUCGCCGGGACGGGAAGAGGCGGGCCCUCGCGCGCUCCGCGUCCGAGCCGGCGCUCUGGCUCGGCGACGCGCGGGUCCACGCCGUGCCGCCGCACGGGGUCGAGCACGAGCUUGAGUGCCCGCCGUCCCCGCCGGCGCCGCCGCUCGAGCGUCCGCACACCUGCUUCGACGUCUUCGCCCCGGAGGAGUCGGUCUUCGGUCGCUCCCCCUCUGCCGCCUCCCUCUCCAAGCUCUGCUCCCGGGACCGGGAGGAGGCGAAGGUGGUGGUGAGCGUGACGGUGGAGGGGAGCGUCGGCCCUGUGAAGGCCAUGGUCAGGCUGGGCGCCAGCGUCGGGGAGGCCAUUGCUGCCGUCGUCGAGAGGUACGCCAGGGAGGGGAGAAGCCCGCGCCUGGACCCGGCCGCGGCAGAGAGCUUCCAACUUCACCACUCUCAUUUCAGCCUUCAGAGUUUGAACAAAAACGACAAAAUUGGAGAUGUGGGAGGCAGGAACUUCUACCUGCACAAGAACGAUUCAAGUAAUGGGCUUUACCUCCAGGGCCAGGAGCCUCCUGAUGCGAAUUCAAGUCGUAGUGACAUCAGCUCGAGCUCCUCCUUAGGACAGCCAUCUGGUGGUGCUGCUACAAAUCAGUAUCAGGUCCUCACCAUUGUCAUCAGCGCACCUUUAGACUUCACGGCCACAGGAUCUAGAACCUUGACCUCAUUAGGUAACUCAGCAAGCGAAGUCUGCGCCAACACUGGUCCACAACUCACAUUGUUUACUUGGGCAUUAGAAGCAUCGUUGCUGCCAACUAUUUCACAGAGAACAUGCUUCAUGUACAAAAAGCCUUCAUCUGACUGGGAUGCUUUGAGAUGCCUCAUGACUCAAAUUGCGGAGCUCACGAUACUUCUCUAG